GAUAAGUGAAUGGGUGUUUCGGAAGUGCGUUUUGAGUGCGAUAUGGAGAAGAAGGCUUAUCUUUUGUUGCUUCUAUUGGGGUUAGCGCAUGUCGCUAUCGUUACCUGUGAUCAGGAGGAGAAAGACCCAAAGGAACACCACAACAAUGUGGAUGCCAAUGAGGAUGAAGCAGAAGUGGAGGAUGAAACACAAGUGAAGGAUGAAAAUGGCGUUUUGGUGCUGACUGAUGCAAACUUUGACAUUUUUGUUACUGACAAAGACAUAGUACUUCUAGAAUUUUAUGCACCCUGGUGUGGACACUGCAAGCAGUUUGCUCCAGAAUAUGAAAAGAUUGCCAGUGCUCUGAACCAAAAUGACCCUCCGGUUCCAGUUGCAAAAAUUGAUGCCACGGUAGCAACUAAUAUUGCCGGUAGAUAUGACAUUAGUGGGUAUCCUACAAUCAAGAUCUUAAAGAAAGGCCAACCCAUUGAUUACGAUGGUGCAAGAACACAGGAAGCACUUGUGGCAAAAGUAAAAGAAAUUGCCCAACCUGAUUGGAAGCCACCUCCUGAAGCAACCAUUGUAUUGACCACAGACAACUUUGAUGAAGUAGUUAACAAUGCAGACAUCAUACUGGUUGAAUUUUAUGCACCUUGGUGUGGACAUUGUAAAAAGCUUGCACCAGAAUAUGAGAAGGCAGCACAAGAGCUUAGUAAACGUUCCCCACCCAUACCAUUGGCAAAGGUUGAUGCAACUGUUGAAAGUAGCUUGGGGAGUAAAUAUGGAGUCACUGGCUUUCCCACGCUGAAGAUUUUCCGCAAAGGCAAGGCUUUUGAUUACAAUGGACCAAGAGAAAAAUACGGUAUUGUUGACUAUAUGACUGAGCAGGCUGGCCCACCGUCAAAACAGAUCCAAGCUGUCAAGCAGGUGCAUGAAUUCUUUAGAGAUGGAGAUGAUGUUGGUGUUCUUGGUGUUUUUAGUGGCGAGGAAGACCAUGCUUACCAGCUUUACCAAGAUGCAGCAAACAGUUUAAGAGAGGAUUAUAAAUUUUACCACACAUUCAGCUCAGAAAUUUUUAACUCUCUAAAAGUUUCACCUGGUCAGCUAGUAGUCAUGCAGCCUGAAAAAUUUCAAUCAAAAUAUGAGGCAAAGAAGUACAUUCUUAACUUCAAAGACUCUACCACUGCUGAUGAUAUUAAGCAACACAUUACAGAACAUUCCUUACCUUUGGUUGGACAUAGGAAGAGCUCGAAUGAAGCCAAAAGAUAUUCAAAGCGUCCCCUUGUUGUUGUCUACUACAGUGUGGAUUUCAGUUUUGAUUAUCGGACUGCUACCCAGUAUUGGCGAAGUAAAGUCUUGGAGGUUGCAAAAGAUUUUUCAGAGUAUACAUUUGCAAUUGCCAAUGAAGAUGAUUAUACAUCUGAACUGAAAGAUUUGGGUUUAAGUGACAGUGGAGAAGAAGUUAAUGUUGCCAUUUUUGAUGCCAGUGGAAAGAAGUAUGCCAAAGAACCCGAAGAAUUGGAUUCUGAUGGACUUAGAGACUUUGUAACAGCAUUUAAGAAAGGAAAGCUGAAGCCUAUAAUAAAGUCACAACCUGUGCCAAAGAAUAACAAAGGCCCUGUUAAAGUUGUAGUUGGAAAAACCUUUGACCAGAUUGUAAUGGAUCCAGAGUCUGAUGUUCUCAUAGAGUUCUAUGCUCCUUGGUGUGGGCACUGCAAGUCAUUGGAGCCUAUUUACAAUGAUCUGGGUAAAAAAUACAGAUCAACACAGGGCCUUAUUAUUGCAAAAAUGGAUGCCACUGCCAAUGACAUUUCCAGUGACAAGUACAAAGUGGAAGGAUUCCCUACAAUAUAUUUUGCACCCCAGAAUAAUAAACAAAACCCAAUUAAGUUUUCAGGAGGUAACAGAGAUUUGGAAGGCUUUAGCAAGUUUAUUGAAGAACAUGCAGUUAAACUAAAGAGAAAGGAUGAGCUCUGAAGAAGAUUGGAACAUUUUUUUUUUGUCAAAGUGGAAGGUCAUCUUAGAAUUACCUUAAAAUAUGAGGUUGUCAAUCGUAUUCUGAGACAGUUUUAUUUUACUGUUCAAAAAUGGACAGAUGCAUACCAAUAAGUUUACAUAACUUAAAGAUGGAAUGCUGAAUAUCUUAGAAUACCAUUAUGUACUUACUUCAUACUGCAGUUAUUUUCAAGACAUACUUCCACUUUAAAUAUUCUUUUACUUGGGCCAACAUCAUUUUAAGUUAAUGAGCACUUUAUAAGUGGGUGAGACAACAUUUUACACUGUUGGAGUUUUUCUGUAAAGUUACUGACAUUCUUGUUUCCUAAAAAGAAAGUACAUUUUUGUAAAAUUGUGGACUUUAUUUCUUUCAGCUGACCGUACACUGCUGUCAGCAGCAGAAUAUUGCUUUAAAAACAAUAAAGAAAGAGUCUUAAAA